UUUAUGCGCGCGUGAUCGGUUUCCGGUUCCUGGGGUCGGCGCGUGUUGUUUCUCUCGAUCUGCUCGCUUGCUGCGAGGCUUCCCCCCUCCCCUCCGCGGUGUGCUGCCGAGAGCUGCUGUAGGGAUGAUGACGAUGGCGGAGCUGGUGCAGGGACAGGCCUCGGUGGCUCAGCCUGGGAUGAAAGCAGACGGGUUCGCCGACGCCUUGCACAGAGCCCGACAGAUUGCCGCUAAAAUGGGAGGUGACCAGAUGACCCACUUAAACAACUCCUCGCCAGUCGUAGAUCCUUCCCUGUAUGGCUAUGGAGGACAGAAGCGAACCUUGGAGGAGGGAGUGGGAGGCCAAUUGGGUGCAAUGGUACAUCAAAGGGCUAUUGUGACAGAGGACUUCAAAGUGCCUGAUAAGAUGGUUGGAUUCAUUAUUGGCCGUGGAGGAGAGCAGAUUACACGGAUUCAGCUAGAAUCCGGCUGCAAGAUUCAGAUUGCAGCAGACAGUGCCGGUAUGAUGGACCGGCCCUGCACGCUGACGGGAAGCCCCGAGAACAUUGAACAUGCAAAGCGGCUGUUGAGCCAGAUUGUGGACCGCUGCCGGAACGGACCCGGCUUCCACAGUGAGCUGGAGGGCGCCAGUGCCGUCCAGGAGAUCCUCAUACCAGCCAGCAAAGUGGGCCUGGUCAUCGGGAAGGGAGGGGACACCAUCAAGCACCUCCAGGAGAGGACGGGAGUGAAGAUGAUCAUGAUCCAGGACGGUCCCAUGCCGACGGGCGCGGACAAGCCGCUGAGAAUCACCGGGGAUCCUUUCAAAGUGCAGCAAGCGCGAGAGCUGGUGGUGGAGAUCAUCAAGGACCAGGGGGACUUUCGCAGUGGCAGGGGCGACUUCGGGGCCAGGCUGGGAGGAAGCAGCUUGGAUGUAGCGGUGCCCAGGUUCGCUGUGGGGAUUGUCAUCGGGAGGAAUGGCGAAAUGAUCAAGAAGAUUCAGAACGAUGCAGGAGUCCGGAUUCAGUUCAAGCCAGAUGAUGGCAUCAGCCCUGACAGAGUUGCUCAGGUGAUGGGCCAGCCGGAAAGGUGCCAGCACGCAGUCCACCUCAUCAAUGAGCUCGUCCACACUGCACAGCCUUCCUUGGCUCAUUCGCUGAUGGGGUGGCUGCUGGGUGGGGUGACUCUGACCCCGCCACAGCCCAAGGCACCUGACCCCCUGUCCCUGCUGCUGAGUGGAGAGCUCCUCCAACAGGAACGUGACGGCUUUGGCGGGCCGGUCGGCCUCAGGAGCAGAGGUCGAGGCCGUGGCGAGUGGAACAUGGCGUCGCCCGGCGGCCUGCAGGAAGUCACUUACACAAUACCUGCUGACAAGUGUGGCCUAGUGAUAGGUAAAGGUGGGGAAACCAUCAAGAACAUCAACCAGCAGUCUGGAGCCCACGUGGAGUUGCAGAGGAACCCGCCACCCAACACUGACCCCAACCACCGUAUCUUCUCCAUCAGGGGCACCCCACAGCAGAUCGGGAUGGCUCGGCAGUUGAUUGACGAGAAGAUUGGGGGCACAGGCCUGGGGAGCAGCAGUAGCUUUGGACUUAGCCCUUUCACCCAAGGUCCAGCCACCACUCACCAAAACGGCCCACAGACGUUCAUGACAGGAGGAUGGGGGGCAACGUAUCAGACGUGGCAGCCACAGGGGCAACAGGAUCCCAGUCCCAAUGGAUCUCAGGCUGGACAGAUCGACUAUUCCAAAGCAUGGGAGCAGUAUUACAAAAAGCUCGGUCAGCAAAGCCAAGCCCAGACCACAGGCCCCGACUACAGCAAGGCAUGGGAGGAGUACUACAAGAAACAGAGUCAGGUAACUGGCCCCACCUCCCAGCAGAGUUCGACCCCUGACUACAGCGCUGCCUGGGUUGAAUACUACAGACAGCAGGGCGGGUACUAUGGGCAAGGUGCACAGCAGGGACUGGCUCCAGGUCUUCAGGAACAUUAGAUUGGAGUCCUUUUAGUUGAAGAUUUUGGAAUCAAGAGGAUAAGAAAAAACCGAGAAAAACCUUUUGUAAUGGAGGUUUCUAGAUUUGCGAUGCCUUGAAGACUUUAUUUUUAGUGAGAAACACUAGCUGUAGGAUGACUUAAACGAUUAAAAUAUUUCUAAAUCAGGAACGUUUAAUUACUAAAUACUUGUGUACAUCAUUAUUUUGAAUGGACAAUAUCUGGGGUCCAUUUUGGACUCCUUUUUUUUUUAAAUUUCUUUAUUAAAAUGGGAAAAAAAAACAACCAAAAUGUACCCCGGAGUUGUAACAUUUCAACAAAUCGCAAUAUAAUCUAUUUUUUCUAGUUCUGUUGCAAUAAAAAUCGUGAUUAUAUAGGCUUAGCAGUCUUGAAUAGGUCUUGGGUUUUUUUUUUUUUGUCAUGAAAGAACUGAUGUUUUAAGAAUGUGUAAAAUUAUUUUUUUUUUUGUUUCUUUUACAUAACACAUUUUAAUUCAGUGAAAUGAAACUGUGAUAUUUCGUUACAGGAAAUGUAUUUUGUUACAAAAUACCAGUUGUGUUGACAUAGCGGUCAGUUUCUAAUUUAAUGCGUUUUGUCUGUUGUACUCUGGUUUAAAUAAGGUGCAAUGUCUCAUUUCAUUCUAUUUGAAACAAAGAUGGAUUCUAAUAUUUUGAUGGGCGUUUAACUUGUAGUUCUUAGAUUUUUUUUUUUUUUUAAGUAUUUGAAAAUGUAUUGGAUAAUUUUUUUUUUUACUAUGGUCUGAUAUUGGGAGUGGGAGGGUAUUUGGCUAUAUUGCGAGUUGCCUUUUGCUAUCUUGUUAAACUAUGUAAGUAUGCUCAUACUUGACUAAAUACUUUAUUUAAAUGUAUAAUUAAAUCAGAGUUUGUUGGUUUCAUAAACUAUCCCUAUUCUGUUUUCAUACUGAAAAAUGUUUAAAUUGUGAAUGUGUAAUUUGAAAUCUGAUGUUGCAUCUUGCUAUGGCUAUAAUGUCUUGGUUUUAUGUAUGCUCUGUGCUUUGACUAUUCAAAACUGCUAGGCCUCUGAAAUCUACCUGUGUAAUAAUUAAUAGCUUUUUUAUAUUCUAAGUAUUAAGAUCAAAGUUGUCUUAUUUCCUACCAGCCAGAAUCCCUGGAGCCCCAACCAUUACACUGAUUCAAAGUUCGAUGCUAAUAAGUUUUUAAAUAUUUCUUUCUACCGUGUGAUCUAAUAUAUGUAUGAUUAGUUAUGAAAUGAAUCUAGUAUUAACUGCAUUACUUAAUGAAAAGGGAUAUUAUAAUUUCAAAAUGUUUAAUUUUAGUUUUUCUCAUGUGUACAGAUGUGUAUUAAAAAGUCAAAAGUA